CAACAAUUGCCUCUAGAUCUGUACCUACAUAUAUAUACUAGAGCAAAUAAUAUAUAUAGUUCCGUCCUGCGCCGGUGCUGACAUGGAGAUUCCCCCGCCACCCAGCAAGAGCAAGGCCGGCGAACCUUUCAAAUCCUACCAGAACUACAUGAGGAACAACCUCAAAGCACCAUCGGAUCAUGCAGUACUAAUCCCACGCCCACUGCCCCUUUACAUCACCAACGGGAUCUUUUUCACGCUCUUCUUUUCUGCCGCCUACUUCCUCCUCCACAGAUGGCGUGAAAAGAUCCGCACCUCCGCUCAUCUCCACCUCCUCUCCCUCUCCGAGAUUGCCGCCAUCGUCUCCCUCAUCGUGUCUGUCAUCUAUCUGCUGGGCUUCUUCGGCAUCGGUUUCCUUCUUUCCAUCAUCCCACGUGCUUCCCACGACCACGACCACGACGACGCUUGGGAUGUCGAUAACAAUGCCAAAGAAGACAGCCGCCCCCCGGGCCCUUGCGCCGCUGCCAUUGACUACUCCCUCGUCCCACCGUUGGUGACAUGUAGUAAUAGCACUGCUAAUUAUGCUACCCCGUUGACGCCCUUGUCUGAGGACGACGAGGAGAUCAUAAAGUCGGUGGUGUCCGGGUCCACUCCCUCGUACUCGCUGGAAGCGAAGCUUGGGGACUGCAGGAGAGCAGCGGCGAUACGAAGAGAGGCCCUGCAGAGGAGUUCCGGGAUAUCCCUAGAGGGGCUGCCCUUGGAAGGCUUCGACUACGACUCCAUACUGGGGCAGUGCUGCGAGAUGCCCGUUGGGUACGUGCAGAUCCCAGUGGGGAUAGCGGGCCCGCUGUUGCUGGACGGAAAGGAGUACACGGUGCCCAUGGCCACGACGGAGGGCUGCCUCGUGGCCAGCACCAACAGGGGAUGCAAGGCCAUCUACGCCUCCGGUGGGGCCGCAACCGUCUUGCUCAGGGAUGGGAUGACCAGAGCUCCAGUUGUCAGGUUCGGUUCCGCCAGCAGAGCCGCCCAGCUCAAGUUCUUCUUGGAGGAUCCUCUCAAUUUUGAAUCCCUCUCUCUCGUUUUCAACCGAUCAAGCAGAUUUGGAAGUUUACAAUGCAUGAAAUGCGCGAUAGCAGGAAAGAAUGUUUACAUGCGGUUCAGCUGCAGCACUGGGGAUGCCAUGGGGAUGAACAUGGUCUCCAAAGGCGUCCAGAACGUCCUCGAUUUUCUUCAAAAUGACUUCCCUGACAUGGAUGUCAUUGGCAUCUCCGGAAACUUCUGUUCAGACAAGAAACCGGCAGCCGUAAAUUGGAUUGAAGGGCGUGGGAAGUCUGUGGUAUGCGAGGCAAUCAUCAAGGAAGAGGUGGUGAGGAAGGUGCUAAAGACGAGCGUAGCCGCCCUAGUGGAGUUAAACAUGCUCAAAAACCUUACGGGGUCUGCCGUGGCCGGUGCUCUUGGCGGGUUCAACGCCCAUGCCAGCAAUAUUGUCUCUGCAAUCUACAUAGCCACUGGCCAGGAUCCUGCCCAGAAUGUGGAGAGCUCUCACUGCAUCACCAUGAUGGAACCUGUUAACCAUGGAAAGGAUCUCCAUAUCUCUGUAACCAUGCCUUCCAUUGAGGUGGGCACAGUAGGAGGUGGGACCCAACUUGCAUCUCAGUCAGCUUGCCUAAACCUAGUUGGUGUUAAGGGUGCAAACAAAGAUUCCCCAGGCUCAAACUCAAGGCUGUUAGCCACCAUUGUAGCUGGUUCUGUCUUAGCCGGAGAGCUUUCCCUCAUGUCUGCACUUGCAGCUGGGCAGCUUGUUAAGAGCCACUUGAAGUACAAUAGAUCUUCCAAGGAUAUGUCCAAAAUAAUAUCCCCCUAGGCCCUAGCUAAGGGAAAAUCUGAUCAUAUAUAUAUACUCCCUUCCUUUUAAGUGGAGAUAAUCAAUACAAUUAAUGCCCAGGCCAAUUAACAAAAUUAAAGUAAUGAAGAAAGAAGAAAGUAAAGGAUACCAUGCACAGAAGUAAUAAAUUAUCAAUGAAGACAAUGGAGUAAGGGGAGAGAACAUGCUGGUGGGCAUAUAUAUGUUGGAGGGAGGGGCAAAAAAAAGCUAAGGCUCGAUCAUCUCCUUCUAUAUAUAGAUUAUCAAGAUAUUGGCCGGCCACGUGAGGCUGCAGGUUUUCUUUCCAAGAUAUGUAUGUAAAGUAGCCUGCAAUAUUUUGUGAGUGGCAGUAGCUGCAUGCAAUAUGCAGUACCAUGCCACCAUGUGCGUGUGUGUGUUUGUCUCAUAAAAUUAAUGCAACUUAAUUGCUUGGACCAA